GUACCUCAUCCCACAAGGAGAUCGCUUUCUGCCCCUCUGAAUCGCAGUGAACUGUACGAUUGAUUCUCUACUCAUUAUUUCUGGAAAAUGAAGUACACACUCAUUUUAGCCAUGGCUUGCGCUGCCUGCCUUGUCAAAGGUGCUCCUACAGUCUUUGACUUCGAGGGAGACGACCAUUUUCACAAACAAGAGGGAGAACCAGGGAACAAGGUAGAGGGAUAUUACAGUUGGACCUCACCCGAAGGAGAGGAAUUUUACGUCAAGUACGUAGCUGACGAAGACGGCUACAGAGUAGUCGAUUCCAACGCCGUCCCCGUCAGCCACGCCGGAGUGAAGGCUGACGGGAAUCAAGGAUCCUUCGGGGGAGAGGAAGGAACAGGCGAAGGAUUCUGAGUGUUGACUUACAAGGAAAGUCGUUACCUGGAGGAAUCUGUUGACUCUUAGCUUCUUUUCAAAGAGUUGAUUAGCUCGAAAUUGCUUGCUUUGUGGAAUUAGUAAUCUAGUGCUAUUUCUUUGCACGUAAUUCUUACUUGGUCAGUCCUAUAUAGGAUUCCAUUCUAUAAAUCCGAUAAAGGAUUCCCUUCUAUAUGCUACACACAUAAUUCUCACUUAGUAAAUGCUAUGAAGGACUCUUCUCAAUAUCCUAUACACGUAAUAAUCACUUGGUAAAUCCUAUGAAGGACUCCCCUCUAUAUCCUUUAGGCGACACUCUCACGUGACAAAUCCUAUCAAGGAUUCCAUUGUAUAUGCUCUACAUGUAAAUGUUACUUGGUAAAUACCAAGGAUUCCAUUCUAUAUCCUUAACAAUUAAUUCUCACUUUGUAAAUCCUAUGAAAGAAUCCUCUCAAUAUCUUCUACAUUUUAAUUCUCACUUGGCAAAUCCUAUCAAGGAUUCCAUUCUAUAUCCUUUACACGUCACUUUGUCAUUCUCACUUGGCAAAUCCUAUAAAGGAUUUCCCUCCAUAUCCUAUACACAUAAAUCUCUCUUGGUAAAUCCUAGGAAGGACUCCCCUCAGUACCCUUUAAACGUAAUUCUCACUUGGUAAAUCCUAUCAAGGAUUCCACUGCAUAUCCUAGCAGGGUAUCAGACUGGGGUCCUACCUACAUUACAAUCCUUUAAAAUCUUUUUUAAUAAUUUUUAAAUGUUUUAAUUGACAUUUCCUUUACUAUUGUUUUUAAUCAGUUUUAAUUUUGAAGAAAUAGUUUUGUUGUUAAGAUUGUUCAAAUGAAUUGGAAUCCUUUUGUAUAUAUCCCGUUAUUUAAAAAAAAAUUGUAAAGUAUCUGUUUAAAAUAAUUUUUUACAUUCAGGUUUUUCCUUCAAUAUAAAGAUAAUUCCUGUAAUUAUAAAUACGCAAAAGAUACUGGAUUGUACA